UGUCUUCAUGUUUCUGGAUGUCUACGAUUCGAGUUGCAAAGAGCGAGAUAACGCCGUCUUUGAUAACGGGAAAGUGACGGCGAAUUCGGGAGCACUAGCGUGAUUCGGCUCGUUGGCACCUGCACUACGAAAGCUUGUCAGCUCUGGCUCUUCCUGGCUCUCCCUGGUUUCAUCUUCGCUAUCCCAAUCCCAGCGGUGGCGUGAAUCUGAGACUCAAAGACGAAUCACGCGUGAUUCAAAGACAACUGACAUCUGCUGUUAUGUCAUCGUCCGCAUCCGAGCGAACACCGCUUCUUCGCUCCGAUUCGGCAAACCACCGGGACGACUCUCAUCUAAUUACCGACAAUGCAAUCACGACUGCAGAGGUAGCGGAACAGGGGGAGGGCGCUGCACCUCAGUUUCCAGCAUCAGACACCAGGAAAAACAGUUUGCGUGCUCCAUCGCUCAAGCCUAAUGAUGAUGGGCCCGAUAUCGCGCACGAAGCAGAGAGCCUAGUCAAGUUUCAGAAAGAUGGAAAACUUGAAGGCGUUGGGGUGUGGAAAUUUAGACUGGUGUUUGGUGGCAUUCUGCUCGGGUACUUUAUUGCCAUGUUUGAUUCUACUUUGAUGGCAUCAAGUCAUCCAGUCAUCACAUCGUACUUUCAUGCGUCAAACUCAGCGUCUUGGUUAUCGACGGCCUUCUUGCUUACAUCAACAUCGCUUCAACCACUAAUGGGUCGACUCUCAGAUACUGUUGGCCGUCGACCGUUGUACCUGGCUGGUCUCGUUGUCCUUGCGGCGACGACCGCAUGGUGCGCUCUUGCGCAGACUAUCGGUAGCUUCAUCGCGGCGCGAGCUCUCUGUGGCAUCGGCGCGGCCGGAGUACUGUCAAUGGGUAACAUCAUGACCAACGAUCUAGUCAGUAUCGAAGUCCGAGGCACUUACCAGGCCUACAUCAACCUCUUCUAUGGAGGCGGCUCCGCUUGUGGGGCAGCUUUUGGCGGCGUGCUUUGCGACAAAUUAGGAUGGCGGAUGACUUUUGCUGUACAAAUCCCUGUCCUAGUGUUGCUCUUGGUCAAUGCCAUAUUCACGACGCCAUCAUCUCUAGGUCCAAACCUGGCCAAGCGCUACGGCUUAGGUCUAAAGGAUGGUCUCAAGGGAUUCGACGUCGCUGGAUCCAUGCUACUGACUGUCUCCGUCGCGUUCCUCAUUCUAGGUUUGAACCUUGGUGGCAACAUAUAUCCAUGGAAACAUUGGGUCGUUAUUACUUCGCUCGUGGUAGCAACAGUGACGGGUGCCAUUCUUGUCAAAGUUGAAUCGAAGGCUUCGCGAGCAGUCAUGCCUCUGCCUAUGUUGUUCAGCAGACCCCGAGGCAACCUCGUUUUCAACAAUUUCUUCGCUCAGGUGGGAAUGAACACCAUCUUGUUCAACGCCCCGCUGUACUUCCAAGCUGUUGAGCUUGAGACAGCUUCGGUGUCCGGGUUUCGCCUUGCAGGCCCUUCUGUUGCCCUCACUAUAUGCGGCGUCUCCGCAGGCUUCAUCAUGACCGCCACCGGGCGCAUGAAAUGGCUGAUUGUAGUUGGCUCCCUCUCCAUGCUGUUGGGAGCUUUAUGCCUUUCUUUGAUGUGGGAUGGGAUACCAAAAUGGCUUGCCACGAUUUUUCUGGUUCCUUCGAGUAUUGGUCAAGGCUUGAGCUUCCCAGCAACGAGCCUUGCAGUCCUUGCGACAAGCACACAGGAGGAUCAGGCGGUAAUGACCAGCACACUCAUCUUAUGGCGUAGCUUGGGUAUCGUGAUGGGUGUCUCACUGAGUAGUCUCAUCUUACAGAAUGCUUUGACAUCACACCUUGAGAGCCUGGUGUCCGGUCAUAACAAGACUAGAAUCAUACAACGUGUUCGUAAAUCGGUCCGCAGCAUUGUCGACCUAGAUCCCAAGCAUCAGAGUCAAGUGAUCGAGGCAUAUAGCCGUAGCCUGCGCUUGGUCUUUAUUUCGGCAAUCGUCAUGUUUAUAAUUGUCAAUUUGCUAGUAAUCGCAAUCGACUUACCACAGCUGAAGAAAAAAGCAUCUUCAGAUGACGAAGAUGAAUGAGGGGAGGAAUCAGCGGCUUAGUAGAACAAUGGAUUCUAUAUCACGG